GAACAGUCUUUGAACAAACUAUUUAACCAUGCAUGCGCAAUGAGGUGUUCUCCAAUAGGAGCCUUCAAAUAGCGUCCGGUAUUGUAAGUCAAAUCUAUAGAUGUAACCUGUACUCAGCCCAUCUGAGGUCGUUAAUAAAUUAGCAGUUAGAAUAAGUAUGUUAUAUUAGUGUUAGAUUCAAUAGAAAACCGUGUUAAGCCUUUGUUUGGCAGUGAUCAACCUCCAUUCAGCCAGGCACUAGCUGUGCUAAAACUCGGAUUAGCAAGUGGAGUAAUUGUUUAAUGUUCGUCCUGCUCAUCGCACCUGUCAUUGAGUUUGGUAUAAGACCUACCUGCAUGCCUGCUCUUUCAGUCGAUUAGACAAGGUAGCUCAGCACAGACGGGCUUUACGUUGGUCAUACUUACAAUACGCAACUCACUUCAACAACUAAAAUGCCUCGUUCUUUCCUCAUCAAGAAGAAGGAAUUUAAGAAGCCAUGUUACAACUCAUUUGAAAUGGUUGAGCAUACACCUCCCACUAUAGAAGACAUGGUAAACAGUGGCUACGCAGUUAAAUUCCUCGUGCCAAGCCCUGAACGAAUCGAACCUAUUAGAAUGAAAGACCCAGUCCCUGCCAUGGUCGUCGUUCCACAGCCUCCCAUGGACUCAAUAGACCACUCAUGGCUGCCAAAACCUACAAAGCGAGUAUCAAACGAUCUCGAAUCGCCAAAAGAAGAGAAAGAGAUUGAGACAAACRGCGAGAAGCCAUACACAUGCCAACAUUGCAGCAAAGUCUUCACUCGUUCAUGGAACUUCCAGCGUCAUGUCUUGAUUCAUACUGGUCAGAAACCCUACAAGUGUCAAAAAUGCCCAAAAGCCUUUGCAUUGGCAGCACAUCUCAAAAUUCACAACAGAAUUCACACAGGAGAGAAGCCCUACACCUGCAAUAUCUGCUGCCGUGGAUUCGCUCAGUUGACAAAUCUACAAAGGCAUAUAUUGACGCACACUGGCGAGAAGCCACACAAGUGUACGUAUUGCCCUAAAGCGUUUGUAAGCUCAAGCGAUCUCAGACGGCAUGUAAGAAUACAUACAGGAGAGCGACCAUACAAAUGCAAACAGUGCUCAAAAGCCUUCACAACGUCUGGUAAUCUACAGUCUCACAUCUUGACACACACGGGAGAGAAACCGUACAAGUGCAGUAUUUGCAACUGGAAGUUCAUCAGCUCAAGCAACUUAAGGACGCACAUUCGCAUCCACCACUCCUACUAUACAGAUAAAGACAACACACAACAGAAUGGAAAACAGAGAGAACAGGAGAAAAUAAGAGACAAUAUGCCAUUUAAAAGCCUGCUCGAGGCUAAGACUGACCAAGUCUAUUAUUAAACACAAAAUGUAUGUACAUACAGACCAUUAAAAUUAUUUAAAAUAGAAAUCAAUCUAUAUAUAUAUUUAUACGGACUUGAGGAUGAAUAUAUAAAGCUAGUUUUCCAAUGUCAAAGAUAAAUUAUACGAUGACUUUAUAAUUAAAGUUUCUGUGAUGAUAAAUGUAAAAUUACAUAUGUAAAGUUUUUAGAAAAGUUAUAAUUUCUCUGUUUAAGAGACAACUUAGAACAAAAGGAUUAUGGUUAACAAGGCCGGUCGUUACGACUUGACAGCUGCGAACAGUGUUGUAAUCGUAAUCAAAGGGACUGUUAAUGAAKGAAUCAAGAAAAUAAACAAAAAGAAUUGAUAAAGAGUA